AGAAAUAGUGGCGUUCGCAAUGGCGGUGAUUUUGCUGCAAAAUUAAACAGCUCAGGGUGCAAUUUGAUGCUGUCGUAGUUCUGGUAAUCAAUCUAAUGUCACAGCCAGACAUCUAGACUAUAUCUGCCGCCGAAAAGGAUUUAUCUUUGUCUUUGUUUGUGCCAUUUGAAGCAGCCCCUGCAGUGUGUUAUGGUGAUGCACAGUUAGCAGCAGCUGAACGAGCAGCCAUCAUCGCAUUGUUGAGCACUGUGGUAACGUGAAUGUAUUCCCUCCCUGGCUUCGUUGACUGAUCACUAACGAUGCCGCUGGGUUUGAAACCGUGCUGUGCUGUUUGCAAGACGAACUCUUCCUCGAUGUGGAAGAAAGGGAACCAAGGAGAGGUCCUCUGCAACAACUGCACAGGGAAGAGCUGCAGCGGCGGAGCAUCAGGACCCACCAUGUCCUCCAUCACACUGCCCAGCAAUGGCGGGGGAAAGCAGUCCAAGCAGGAGAUCCACAGGAGGUCUGCACGGCUUAGAAGCACCAAAUACAAAGCUCCUGCAUCUGAGAAGAAGGUAUCUACAAAAGGAAAGGGGAGAAGACACAUAUUCAAACUGAAAAAUCCAAUCAAAGCACCAGAAUCUGUUGCAACAAUCAUCACAUCAGAAUCAGUAUUUUAUAAGGGUGUAUACUACCAGACGGGAGAUGUGAUCAAGGUGACAGAUGAGGAAGACGGGAAGCCGUACUAUGCUCAGAUUCGAGGGUUCGUGCAGGACCAGUACUGUGAAAAGAGUGCUGCACUGACCUGGUUAAUCCCCACACAGGCUAGCCCAAAGGACCUGUUUGAUCCUGGGACAUACAUUGUUGGUCCAGAGGAGGAUCUGCCCAGAAAGAUGGAGUACCUGGAGUUUGUGUGUCACGCCCCCUCUGAAUAUUUCAAGUCACGGAGCUCUCCGUUCCCCACCAUUCCCAUCAGACCAGAAAAAGGAUACAUCUGGACCCACAUAGGACCGGCACCAGCCCUCACUGUCAAAGAGUCUGUCAGUGGCAGCAGUUAACACAGACCUGAUAUGGACUUGAGUCUGUUGCUUUUAAACAGACGUAUGUACAUUUAUGUAAUAUAAUGAAAACAAAAAAGUGGUUAACCACGGCCAUUACUUCAGAUACCAGUUGUUAUUUUAAACAAGUUGUUUAUAUAUUACUUUUGUAUGUAGUUAUAAACAAAAAGCUCUUCUUCACCAUCACUUUGUCCGUGAUUGUUUCAGAAAAUGGUACUUAUUCAUUGAUUGAGUUGCUGUGUGGGCAAUAGACUUUUCUGUUUUUUUAUUUUCCCUUUUGUGAAUUGUAAACUGAAAAUAUAACUUAAUAAU